GAUUACAUUAGCCUUUUCCUUUUGCGGACCACGUGAAGUGAGUCACAUCACGGCAGACAGCUUCAGUGAAGAUGAUUCUUCUCAUGCCUCGCUCCUGUGCCCAUGCCUGUUUACGCUCAUGUGCGCUCCGCUCCUCGGGCUGCCAGCCACCCCGCGGUAUUUAUAGCCAUACAGCGGCAAUCAUCACCCAAGGAAUCCACGCGAAAUCCUCCCCGAGCCACUAAACUUGGACUUGGAGAGUGAGCGAGAGCUGAAACCGGGAUCUUCCACCUGAUCGCUCCCGUGCGAGGAUGAAGGAGCGCGCGUUACCUCGAGCAAUAUGCUGAAACAUCCGGCCGCCAACCUCCGUAGAGAUGCUCACCAGUUCGGACCAGUCGCUCUCCCUCUCCCUCUCACCCAACCUUCGCUCUCCAAGCAGCUGUGGACGGGGUAGGGACGCCCAUGUCCACUCGUCCCUGUCCCUCCCCGAGCCCGAGGCCUGGAGGAAGCCGAGCCCUUCCCCCCGGCCGGGCCUGGCGCAGGGAGCUCGCUCCUGCUCCCUGCAGGUCCCUCAGGCUUUUCCCGAGUACCUGCGGCUGCCGCCCCGCGCCGCCAGCUUCGAUGUGCCUUGCGCUCGCGAAGAGGGCUCGUCCGACCAGGGCUCGGGGUCGCUGAGCCCCGCCUGCAUGCGGCAGCGACGCGGCGGACUCGUGGAGCAGAAGGACAUCAUCAUGGCCCACCAGGCUCACAAAAUACAGAGCACGCCGCAAGCCCGCAGGAAGGAGUGGGAAAUGGCUCGGUUUGGAGACGAGUCCGCUCCCACCGCGGUGGACUCCGGGGAUGGGGACUUGGAGCGCGGCGGAGAGGGACAGGACGCGGCGACUGCGGGACUCACGGCUUCCAUGAAACAAGCCAAGGCGCAGCGGGCCCGGACCAUGGCUCUGUACAACCCCGUCCCCCACCGGCAGAACUGCCUCACCGUCAACAGGUCGCUCUUCAUAUUUGCAGAGGAUAACAUCAUUAGGAAGUACGCAAGGCGAAUAAUCGAGUGGCCACCGUUUGAGUACAUGAUCCUGGCCACCAUCACCGCUAACUGUGUUGUCCUGGCCUUGGAGCAGCACCUCCCCGGAGAGGACAAGACCCCCAUGGCAAAGAGGCUGGAGAAAACAGAGCCAUACUUCAUUGGGAUUUUCUGCUUCGAGGCGGGGAUCAAGCUGGUGGCGCUUGGCUUUGUUUUCCACAAAGGCUCCUAUCUGAGGAACGGCUGGAACGUCAUGGACUUCAUAGUCGUGCUCAGUGGGAUCCUGGCCACUGCUGGUGCCCACAUGAACAUCCCAGUCGACCUUCGGACCUUGAGGGCGGUACGAGUCCUGAGGCCUCUCAAGCUCGUCUCCGGGAUCCCCAGCCUGCAGAUUGUGCUGAAGUCCAUCAUGAAGGCCAUGAUCCCGCUGCUCCAGAUUGGCCUGCUCUUGUUCUUUGCCAUCCUCAUGUUUGCCAUCAUCGGUCUGGAGUUCUACAGCGGGAAGCUUCACCACACCUGCCUGCCGUCGGACGACAUCUUAGGUGAGAACCAUAAUGAGACCGUUGACUCAUCGGAGCUGGCAUUUGCGUGCGGCGUGAGGAAGUGCCCAGAGAAGUACGACUGCAACGACACGUGGAUCGGCCCCAACGACGGCAUCACGCAGUUCGACAACAUCCUGUUCGCUGUCCUCACCGUCUUCCAGUGUAUCACCAUGGAGGGAUGGACGGCCGUUCUGUACAAUACCAACGAUGCCUUGGGUCCGACGUGGAACUGGAUAUACUUCAUCCCUCUCAUCAUCAUCGGCUCGUUCUUUGUCUUGAACCUCGUGUUGGGAGUCCUGUCUGGGGAGUUUGCCAAGGAGAGGGAGAGGGUGGAGAACCGGAGGGCGUUCAUGAAGCUACGUCGCCAGCAGCAGGUGGAAAGAGAACUGAACGGCUACCGGGCCUGGAUAGACAGGGCAGAGGAAGUCAUGCUGGCAGAGGAGAAUAAAAGUUCAGGGAGAUCACCUUUAGAUGUGUUGAAGAGAGCAAGUAAGAAGACUGGUGCGCGGCGAGGAGCACCAGGGGACGACAAGUUUACAGACACGUCUACCGCCAGCAUGUCCCGAUCGAGGAUGAACUUCCGCAGCGGCCGCCGCGGCCCGGCCGCCUACCUGCGGCGCAAGGAGCGAAUGUUGCGCAUCUCCAUUCGCCGCAUGGUGAAGACGGACACUUUCUACCUGAUGGUGCUCAGCCUGGUGGCUCUCAACACCAUCUGCGUGGCCAUCGUCCACCACAACCAGCCCGACUGGCUCACCAUCUUCCUCUACUAUGCAGAGUUUGUUUUCCUGGGGCUGUUUCUGGCUGAGAUGUUUCUGAAAAUGUACGGCCUGGGUUUCCGGCUCUACUUCCACUCGUCCUUCAACUGCUUCGACUGUGGGGUCAUCGUUGGCAGCAUCUUUGAGGUGGUCUGGGGCUUCUUCAGGCCUGGGAUGUCAUUCGGCAUCAGCGUAUUGAGGGCGUUGAGACUCCUAAGAAUUUUUAAGAUCACCAAAUACUGGGCCUCUCUCAGGAACUUGGUUGUGUCCCUCAUGAGCUCCAUGAAGUCCAUUAUCAGCCUGCUGUUCCUUCUCUUCCUCUUCAUUGUGGUGUUUGCGCUGCUCGGGAUGCAGCUCUUCGGAGGGAGGUUCAUCUUUGAAGAUUACACUCCCACCAACUUUGACACGUUUCCAGCUGCCAUCAUGACAGUGUUUCAGAUUUUAACCGGCGAGGACUGGAACGAGGUGAUGUAUAACGGGAUCCGCUCGCAGGGAGGCGUACAGUACGGCAUGUGGUCAUCCAUCUACUUCAUCGUGCUCACGCUGUUUGGAAACUACACACUGCUGAAUGUCUUCUUGGCCAUCGCUGUGGAUAAUCUUGCCAACGCACAGGAACUGACUAAGGACGAAGAGGAGGAGGAGGAGUUCUUCAACCAGAGGUACGCCAGAGGAAGAGACGGCCUGAUAUCUGAUGGCAGAAGAAGACCCUACCUAUACAGGAAACGGGCAAUCCACAGAGGGCGGCCGGCCUUCCCGGAUGACCCGGAGGGCGCCGCAGGUGCUGCGGACGAGCAGCCGCUCCAUAGCGCCAGCACCUUCUCCAACCGGCGCGAGAGGAGGAGGAAAGUUAACAUGUCAGUGUGGGAGCAGAGAGCCAACCAGCUCCGCAAGCGCCGCCAGAUGGCGAGCAGGGAGGAGCUGUUCAACAGCCCCACGGAGGACACGAUAGAAACUCCCACGGUCCCUCACCACGCCCCCGCUCUGUCGCCGGAGGCCAGCCCGGCCCACCUGCCCGAGUCCCCGAUGUCGGUGGGGAUGCCCCUGCCCGAGCCCCCGAUGUCCGUCUCCAUUCCCAUCCCGGAGCCUCCGGCGGCCGAGCCCCUGGUGAACCUGAGCGAGGAGAAAGCGGCUGGGGCGAACCACCGGGCCGCGGCCGGGGGCAGACACAGGAUGGCCCGUAAGUUCAGGACCAGCCAGGGGCCGGAGGAGGUGGCCCGGCACAGGCGCCACCGUCACCGAGAUGCACGCACCGAGGCCAAGAGUCUGGACUGCGUGCAGCCGCCGCACGAGGUGCUGCACGUCAGACGGUCGCUCAGUCAGGAGAGGAAAGUUCUGGAUGAGAGGGAAGAGAAGGAGGAGAAGGAGGAGGCGGACGGAGGGUCGGUCCAAGAUGACUGUGGAACCUGCAUCGUCAACCCGUAUGCAGAAGUUGGAGAGGAUUGUAGAAGCGGCGACAUCCCCGAUCCUCCUCAGUGCGCUCAGCUGCUCGACUGCACCUGGUCUGAGCAGGGUGAGGGCGGCCACGCGGACCAGUACGAGUCCCUGAGCCAGAACGUCCCCGUGGAGUCGGCCCUAGAGGCCACAGAGUUCACCGUGAGCGCCCUGGAGGCCGAGAACCGCAAAGUCUCCAUCAAACGAGACAAAUCCAACCCGGAGGGCAGCGUGGCCAUCGAAAUGUCUGCACAACCACUUCUGGAGCUCACACCCAUGACAGUGAACAGUAAAGAGCUGGAGGCAUACCAGUCGGAUCAGAAUGAAAAAGAGGAGGAGACGGAAGACGAGGAGCCGCCGCCGGCUCCUCCUAAACCCGUGGCUCCAGACAGCAUGUUCAUCUUCAAGGCCUCCAACCCCAUCAGGAGAAUUUGUCACUAUUUUGUCACUCUGCGCUACUUUGAGAUGACCAUCCUUCUUGUGAUUGUGGCGAGCAGCAUCGCCCUGGCAGCGGAGGACCCAGUGUGCACCAAUUCGGACAGAAACAAGGUCCUACGAUACUUUGAUUACGUCUUCACCGGAGUGUUCACCUUUGAAAUGAUCAUCAAGAUGAUCGACCAGGGUCUCAUUCUGCACGACGGCUCUUAUUUCCGGGACAUGUGGAACAUCCUGGACUUCAUUGUAGUGGUGGGAGCUCUGAUUGCCUUUGCUCUAACGAAUGUGAUGGGAAACAAUAAAGGGCGAGACAUCAAGACAAUAAAGUCCCUCCGAGUUCUGAGAGUUCUGCGUCCUCUUAAAACCAUCAAGAGACUCCCUAAACUCAAGGCGGUUUUUGACUGUGUGGUCACGUCUCUGAAGAACGUCUUCAACAUCCUCAUUGUUUACCAGCUCUUCAUGUUCAUCUUUGCUGUCAUUGCCGUUCAGCUCUUUAAGGGGAAGUUCUUCUACUGCACUGACAGCUCCAUGAAUACAGAGAAGGAAUGCCAAGGCUACUACAUUGACUACAGCCGAGACAAAAAGGAGGUGAAGAGGAGAGAGUGGAAGAGACACGAGUUUCACUACGACAACGUCUGCUGGGCCCUGCUCACGCUUUUCACCGUCUCAACUGGAGAAGGGUGGCCCCAGGUCCUCCAGCACUCCACCGAUGUGACAGAGGAGAACAUGGGGCCGAGUCGCGGGAACCGCAUGGAGAUGUCCGUUUUCUACGUGGUCUACUUCGUGGUCUUCCCGUUCUUCUUCGUCAACAUCUUUGUGGCUCUCAUCAUCAUCACCUUCCAGGAGCAGGGCGACAAGAUGAUUCAGGAGUGCAGUCUGGAGAAGAAUGAGAGGGCUUGCAUCGACUUCGCCAUCAGCGCCAAGCCGAUGACCCGCUACAUGCCCCAGAACAGACAGACUUUCCAGUACAGACUGUGGCACUUCGUGGCGUCGCCGUCUUUCGAGUACACGGUGCUCAUCAUGAUCGCCCUCAACACUGUUGUCCUCAUGAUGAAGUACCACUCGGCUCCAACAGCUUACGAUACGGUCCUAAAACACCUAAACACAGCGUUCACAGUCCUCUUCUCCAUGGAGUGUGUACUCAAGAUCAUGGCGUUUGGUUUAGUGAACUACUUUCGAGACACUUGGAAUAUUUUUGAUUUUAUCACUGUGCUUGGCAGCAUCACAGAGAUAAUUGUGGAUUUACAGUCGGUGAACACCAUCAACAUGAGUUUCUUGAAGCUUUUCCGAGCAGCCCGGCUGAUAAAGCUGCUGAGGCAGGGUUACACCAUCCGUAUCCUGCUGUGGACCUUCGUUCAAUCCUUCAAGGCUCUUCCUUAUGUCUGUCUGCUUAUAGCCAUGCUGUUCUUCAUAUACGCCAUAAUUGGAAUGCAGGUGUUUGGAAACAUCAAGCUGAACGACGAGAGUCACAUCAAUCAGCACAAUAAUUUUAAGACCUUCUUCAGCGCACUGAUGCUUCUCUUCAGGAGUGCUACUGGGGAGUCCUGGCAGGAGAUCAUGCUCUCCUGUCUCUCUGGUCAAGAGUGUGAACCAGACCCGUCCAUCGCCCCCCUCACCAUGUCUCCAGACCACGAGGGCGGCUGUGGGACUGACUUUGCUUACUGCUACUUUGUCUCCUUCAUCUUCUUCAGCUCAUUCCUGAUGCUUAAUCUGUUUGUGGCCGUGAUUAUGGAUAACUUUGAGUACCUGACACGAGACUCCUCCAUCCUUGGUCCCCAUCACCUGGACGAGUUUGUCAGAAUCUGGGGGGAGUACGAUCGACUGGCAUGUGGUCGUAUUCACUACACGGCUAUGUACGAGAUGUUAACACACAUGUCUCCGCCGCUGGGCCUUGGAAAAAAAUGUCCUGCUAAGAUUGCCUAUAAGAGGUUGGUGUUGAUGAACAUGCCCGUGGACGAGGACAUGAGCGUCCACUUCACCUCCACCCUCAUGUCCCUCAUCCGCACUGCUCUGGACAUCAAAAUAGCCCGGGGUGGCGAGGACCGUAUCGCUCUGGACUCUGAGCUGCAGAAGGAGAUCAGUAUCAUUUGGCCUUAUUUGCCCCAGAAGACCUUGGACCUACUGGUGCCUAUCAACAAAGAUACUGACAUGACGGUGGGGAAGAUCUACGCUUCAAUGAUGAUCAUGGACUACUUCAAACAGAACAAGGCCAAGAAGCUGAGGCAACAGCUGGAAGCUCAGAAGAGUAAUUUAAUGUUCAAGCGCCUGGACGCCGCUGCCCUCCCCGAGGACAUCCUGUCCAACACCCAGCCGCUGCCCAUGAUGGCCCACAGCGCUGGUUCAGCCUUGACCAGAGGAGGCUUCGUGGCCUUGAGCCCCAUCUCACCGCAGGAACUGUUUCUGCAACCCAUUAGCUCGGACACUGAUGCCGGCCAACAGCAGAACCAGGUGGGCGAGUGCAGUAGGGGGAUUGAAUCCCCACUGGAGCCUCAACUAGGGAGGGGCCUGUGUGUGCGGGCCUCUUCCAUGCCCCGUCUGGCUGUAGAGUCGCAGCAGUCAGAGGUUGCAGGCGGCUCGAUGAAGCGCUCAGUCUCCACGGUUGCAGACCAGCGUGUCAAUGGACUCUGGCAGGAGGAGAAAAGUCCUGAGCGAGUGUAUCGACCUCGUCACAAGAGCUACAAGGCUGCGGUUUCCCGGUCUGAGCGCGACAGAGAGCGCGGUCGGUCUAAGGAGCGCUGCCACCUCCUCUCUCCAGACACGUCUCGCUGUAACUCAGAGGAGAGAAGCUUGCAGCCCUCGCGAUCCUCCAGCGUAGAGAGAGCACAUCCCCAAGAUAAACAGGGCAACAGCUCUGACAGUCCGGUACCCUCCACCUCCGAGUCCAGCACUCCCAGCGGCCGACGACCCCUGUCGCAGACCCCGACCAGCUCCAGGCCUCACAUCUCCUACUCCCCGCUCGUGUGCCGCACGCCGGCCUCCGCCGGCGAAGACGAGGACGAGCAGGGCAGCCCGGAGACCGUGAGGCGGGGCAAGCCCACGUGGGAUUCCCAAGAAGGGGGCGCUGGGGAGAGGCGGAGCGAGGCCGGCCGACGACCGUCCCCGCCUCGGCGCUACCCCUCCGAGCCUUUCCUGGCUUCGCAGGAGGACGACCACAGCCCAGACCCCUCCGGUCCCAUGGAGACGUUGACCUUCGAGGCGGCCGUGGCCUGCAGCCUGGGACGCUCAAACACCAUCAGCUCGGCCCGCCCCCGCUUGCGGACUGGCUGGCAGGUCCCCAACGGGCACUUUCGGAAGCGUCUGGCACAAACAGCCUCGGUCGCGGCCUGUGACCCUCUCAGUGACACAGAAGAGGACGACAGGUGCUAGGGACAGGAGGCACAGCGUGGAGGGGUGGGGGUGGGGGGGUGGUUGAGCCGAGAGUGGUGUUAGAGGACGCUGAAAGACGGCAUCCAGAGUGAAAGUCAAUGUGACUUUUUUUUUGCAUCAGCGCUUCAAGGCCGUGAGCCCUCUGGAUGUUUUGCUCAAAUGUGAACCCAAAAAUGACAAAGAACAAUACUUCCUGAAACUGUAGUUGCCAAUUCACACAGAACACUGACAAUAAAUAAGGUCUAUUUCCUGACUUGUACUUGAUGAUAGAGAGGAACACAUACGUCUCAAAUAGCCGCAGGAUGCAGAAAAUAAAUGAAAUGAAUGGAACAGAUUAUGUCAUUUGUGUCAGUAGGUAUUUUCAUUUCUGAAGAUGUUUCUAAAUGAUUCAGUGUUGCUCUAAACAGUGUUUCUCUGUGGGGUGUGUGAAUAUGUAACUACAUUUUCUUAUGGAUUAACUGUUUUGUAAAUACUUUGUGAACAUCACGCCAUUUCCAUUUAUCGGACCUUCGUAACGUUGUUGUGUGUCGACAUGCAACGACAAUAAAAGCAUUCUGAUUCCGACCGACGCAACAAGCCAUCGUGGAGAGGUGACCCGAUACUUUACCAGACAAUGUAAUAAGUAACACUCAAUAAUGCUGGAUUUUUUUACAGAAUGAAUGAAUGUGCAGGGGGGAAAAAAAACUGCCUGAUUUCCCCCGUCAUUUUUUUCUUUUUUUCUUUUUGGUAUUGAACAUAAUAAGUUGUGAGAUAUAAAUACAGUUUUAGAAUAACGUAGAAAAAAAAGAUACUUGUUAUUUCACCCUGCAUUAUUGUUAAAAUCAUGCCUCCGCCAAACACUUAAAAUUUCUUAAUUAUGCUCUGAGACAGUAUGUUACGUUUACUUUUCACCAGCCCAAAACCCUUUAAAUUAGAAGUUUCCCAACAAUUAUAUUGUGUAAUUUUACCAUAACACAGACAUUAAAAACAAAAAUUAUCAUUCGUCUAUUUCACUUUUUUCUUAAUUGUGAAUAUUAUAUGAACCAUUGCGAGCGAUCACGGUAGAAACACUGCAGCCAUGAUGCAUUUUGCUUAAAAAAUAAUAAAAAAAUCAACAUUAAUCUCUUACUUACUAAUAAUGUACAGAGAAAUUAUGCUGUUUGUAACAUUUAGAGAGGAAAAAAACAAUAAACAGUAUCAGCUGACAAGCUUUAAAGGUAAAGGAAUUCCUUGGAAAUGUUUAUUUUAAGGUGUGUAUUUGUUUUACUUGCCUGAUAAAAGGCCAAUUCUGUGAAACUCACUUAACCAAAAAAACAAAACAAAACAACAAAAAAAAUUUGUAUCAUAAGUUCCUGGAAUGCAAAUACUUUGUGGGUUUUUAUGUGUACAAUAGUUGUAUAUACAAAUAAAGGUGUCCUCAAGUUGC